AACAUAACCUAUAUCGCGGAGCCCUUUUUCCUUCGUCAAGUUGGCCAGAAAGAUGUACCUCCUCAGAAAUUCCCUCUGUCGGGAGCUUAAAAGUCUCAGAACUACUCUCUGGAAGUCCAGAGUGGGUUUCUGCAGGAAGGCAGGAGCUCCGGAAAAAUCCUCUUUUCCCAGGUUAGCGUACGGUGUCACUCUUGGUGGAUGUACAUUCCUAUCUCUACACUGCCUCCGCACACGAAAAGUCAAUGUGAAGUGCGAACCUGUGGCUCCCAUCAGGGAGAUUCCACAUCAGUUCGACUGGCGACGGCUGUGGAGUUACCUAAGACCACAUUUCCUCAAGCUCUUAGGCGCUGUGAUUUCAGCCAUAGUAGUAGCGUACCUUAACAUCAAAAUACCAAUUUUUCUGGGUGUUUUCGUCAACACAUUGUCCAAGUAUGCCGGGAUUGGUGGGGCAACUGUAAAGACGACACUUAGAGAAUUCCUCGCUGAUAUCCAGAAACCAGGAUUCCAUCUCUUCGGUCUCUAUGGGCUUCAAUCUCUCUUUACCUUCUGCUACAUCAUCCUUUUGAGUCAGAUUGGUGAGGACAUGGCUGCCCAGAUCAAACAGGAUCUCUAUCGUCAGAUCAUUGUUCAGGAUUUAGCCUUCUUCGAUCGCAAUCGAACAGGAGAACUCGUCAAUCGUCUCACAACGGAUGUUCAAGACUUCAAAUCCUCCUUCAAGCAGUGCAUCUCGCAGGGAUUGCGUUGCGCAGCCCAGUUAAUUGGUGGCGGAAUAUCCCUGGUAACCAUUUCUCCUCAUAUGGCAGGGGUUGCUCUUAUCUCAGUUCCCUCAGUCGUACUUAUGUUUUCCAUGCUUGGCCAAUCCCUGCGUGCCAUUAGCAAGAAGGCACAACAUCAAAUGGAAAAAGCCACGAGUGUAUGCGAAGAAGCCCUAUCGAACAUCCGGACAGUGCGCUCCAAUGCCUCAGAAUAUCACGAAAUAGAAGUUUUUGAACGUGAAACCAAUGAGGCUGCAGUCUUGGCGCAAAAUCUCGGAUCUGGAAUUGCUGUCUUCCAAGCCCUCACCAAUUUUAUGCUCAAUGGAAUGGUGGCAUCUACUCUUCUUUCUGGUGGCUAUCUCAUGUCAACCAAUCAAAUUACUGCCGGUCAAUUAAUGGCAUUCCUGGUGGCAGCUCAGGGUGUUCAGCGAUCCCUCACACAAGGUUCCCUACUCCUGGGCUCGAUGAUUCGCGGUCUGACAGCUGGAACUCGCGUAUUUGACUACCUGGCUGUCUCUCCACAAAUUCCCCUGGAUCGUGGCCUCAGCAUCCCUCCGGACGUCCUCAAGGGCCAUAUACGCUUCCAUAAAGUCACUUUCGCUUAUCCCACUCGUGAAGAACAAACUGUCCUCAGAGACUUCUCACUGAUCCUUGAGCCAGGGAAGACAGUGGCUCUCGUGGGUGCCAGUGGAUCAGGAAAAUCCACAGUAGCUGCUCUACUUGAGCGUUUCUACGAACCCACUGGAGGAUCUAUUGAGCUGGAUGGCUUCAAUCUCUCAGAGAUCUCCCCCAUGUGGCUUCGAGGGCACGUAAUUGGCUUCAUUGAGCAGCAACCAAUCCUCUUUGCCACCACCAUUUUCAAUAACAUCAAGUAUGCCCGGCCAGAUGCCACAGAUGAGGAGGUUUUCGAGGCAGCUCGUCUGGCUCAGUGCCAUGACUUCAUUAGACAACUCCCUGAUAGCUAUGACACGAAUGUAGGAGAAAGGGGGGCACAAUUGAGUGGAGGGCAGAGGCAGAGGAUUGCAAUAGCUCGAGCCCUCCUGAAAAAGCCCACAGUCCUGAUCCUCGAUGAGGCAACAAGCGCCCUGGACGCCACGAGUGAAGCUGAGGUGCAGAAGGCACUCGAUACAGCAGUCCAAAAUCGCACCACGCUCGUAAUUGCCCACAGAUUAUCCACCAUUCGCAAUGCCGAUCUCAUCGUGGUGCUCAAUCAAGGACGAAUCGUCGAAGUGGGUACCCAUGAACAACUGAUAUCCCGCAAGGGUCUCUACUUUGCUCUCGUAAGCCACCAGAGUGACUCACGGGCAGCAUCUGAAGAGGACUCUCGCCACAGAGGCUAAAGCAAAAUUCCCAUUGACGCGAGUUUCUUUUAGAACAAAAAACAUUAGAUAUUUUUUUCUCUCUAUUCUAACAAAGAGAUAUCUUCUCAAUGAGAAUAUGAGUGCUAUUUAUUUUUUUAAUUCUUUUUUUUUUGUCAACCUAGAAAAGGAAAUGUAACUAUACCAGAGAGGAGGUUCAUAUCGUUGUUACAAUAAAGCAAUGUUGAUCCUAGAUGAGAAAAUGGCUUUUCAUUU